AUGUCAUCUAAAAAUAUGAACGAAGAAAGUUUGGAGUAUAUCAAGAACAACUUGAGCUUUGGAGAUGAUGAAUUGGUGAGUUUUGGCGGGAAAAUUUUAAGUUUAAAAAUUAUUUAGGAAAUCUCAACAAAUUUUUACAGCCAGCCGACAUCUACGCAAAAAUCUUCAAAAGCUUCAUGAUGUUCAUUUUUUCGAUUCAAUGCUUGUUUAUGGUCAAUUGUAUUUCGGAAGAUCCAACAAAUUGGAUUUUUUGGGCAUUUGUAAGUCAAAAAAACCUUUUUUUUUGGAAAUGACAAAAAAUCAGAUGAACAUUUUCAAGCAACAAGAUUUCAAUUUUAGGGCCUUUCCAAUGUGGUGACACUUGUUGGAUUUCACCAUGAUGUUUGGCAAAUUCUAUUUGCCUUCAUCUUUGUUGAAAUCGCCACUCUAAUGGCAUCAAUCCAAAAACUCAAUGAAGAUCCAGAAUUAUUCCUUUUGGAAUUCGCAAAUGGAUGGCUCAUCCUCUCAAUUUUCUUGAUGUGUGUUUCAACUUGGAAUACUUACAAGAUUGUUGAGAGAAAAGAAAUCAAGAAUGGAAAAAUAAAAGCUAAGAAGAGCACUGUUUUCCCACAAUAA